GCCGCGCGCUGCCGCCGGCCCCCGCUUCGCCCGCUGCUCCAGCCGCAUGGGAAGUUGGGGAACAUGGACGGGGUCGUGCUGGCGUGGACCGCCGUCUUCUGGCUAACAGCCAUGGCUGACGGCCUUCAAGUCACGGUGCUCGACAAGAAGAAGGUGGCCAUGCUCUUUCAGCCUACCGUGCUCCGCUGCCACUUCUCCACGUCCUCCCGACAGCCUGCCGUCGUGCAGUGGAAGUUCAAAUCCUAUUGCCAGGAUCGCAUGGGGGAGUCCUUGGGCAUGUCCUCUACCCGGGCCCAGUCUCUCAGCAAAAGAAACCUGGAAUGGGACCCCUACUUGGAUUGCUUAGACAGCAGGAGGACUGUCCGCGUGGUAGCUUCAAAACAGGGCUCGACCGUCACCCUGGGAGAUUUCUACAGGGGCAGAGAGAUCACGAUCGUGCAUGAUGCAGAUCUUCAAAUUGGAAAACUCAUGUGGGGAGACAGCGGACUCUAUUACUGUAUCAUCACCACCCCCGAUGACCUGGAGGGCAAAAACGAGGACUUGGCCGAGCUGCUGGUGUUGGGCAGGACAGGGCUGCUUGCUGACCUCUUGCCCAGUUUUGCUGUGGAAAUUAUGCCAGAGUGGGUGUUCGUCGGCCUGGUGAUCCUGGGAGUCUUCCUCUUCUUCGUGCUGGUGGGGAUCUGCUGGUGCCAGUGCUGCCCGCACAGCUGCUGCUGCUACAUCCGCUGCCCUUGUUGUCCGGAGUCCUGCUGCUGCCCUCAGGCCUUGUAUGAAGCAGGGAAAGCAGCAAAGGCCGGGUACCCUCCCUCUGUCUCCGGUGUCCCCGGCCCUUACUCCAUCCCCUCUGUCCCCCUGGGAGGAAACCCCCCAGCCGGCAUGCUGAUGGACAAGCCGCACCCGCCCCCCCUGGCACCAAGUGACUCCACGGGAGGCAGCCACAGUGUUCGCAAAGGUUACCGGAUUCAGGCUGACAAAGAGAGAGACUCCAUGAAGGUCCUGUACUACGUCGAGAAGGAGCUGGCUCAGUUUGAUCCAGCCAGAAGGAUGAGAGGCAGAUAUAACAACACCAUCUCCGAGCUCAGCUCCCUGCAUGAGGACGACAGCAAUUUCCGCCAGGCCUACCACCAGAUGAGAAGCAAGCAGUUCCCGGUGUCCGGGGACUUGGAGAGCAAUCCUGACUACUGGUCCGGGGUCGUGGGAGGCAGCAGCGGGGCCAGCCGGGGGCCCUCGGCCAUGGAGUAUAACAAGGAGGAUCGGGAGAGCUUCAGGUACAGCCAGCAGCGCUCCAAGUCCGAGAUGCUGUCGCGGAAGAACUUCGCCGCCGGCGUGCCCGCCGUGUCCAUGGACGAGCUGGCCGCCUUCGCCGACUCGUACGCCGCGCGCUCCCGCCGGGCCGACGGCGACAGCCACGAGGCGCGGGGCGGCGGCCGCUUCGAGCGCUCGGAGGCGCGCGCGCUGGGCGGCUUCUACCCCGACGGCUCGCCCGACGAGUACUACGGGCCGCGCGGCCGCAGCCGGGAGCCCCUGGGCGACGCGGGCCGCGCCUGGGCGCCCAGCCCCCCGCGCCGGCGGCCGGACGACGCGCCGCUGCCGCGCCUGGUGAGCCGCACGCCGGGCACCGCGCCCAAGUACGAGCACGGGCCGCGCGCCGGGGGGCUGGAGCGCCAGGCGCGGCCCGAGGGCGCCAGCCGCGGCGGCAGCCUGGAGACGCCGUCCCGGCUGAGCGCGCAGCUCGGCCGCCGCAGCGCCUCCUACUACGCCUGGUCGCCGCCCUCCACCUACAAGGCGGCCGCGCCGCAGGACGAUGACGACGACGACGACGACGACGACUCCGCCGACGACCCGCUGCCGCCCUACAGCGAGCGCGAGCUGAGCCGCGGCCCGUCCUACCGCGGCCGCGACCUGCCCUACCACAGCAACUCGGAGAAGAAGCGCAAGAAGGAGCCCGCCAAGAAGACGAGUGACUUUCCAACCAGGAUGUCCCUUGUGGUCUGAUGUUUGUUUUGAAGACACUUCUCUGG